AUACAAUAAAUUGCAAUGAUAUCACAACGCAGCGUUUUGAAUCUGCGUGACAGUGAAUUAUAUCAAUGCAAUGGAGUACGGAUAUCUCCAUCCCCAAUUUUCAAAACCCUAGUCCGCCCGACGUCUCCUCUCCCACCCUCUCUUCUCCUCGGCUGGAUCGUCGCACUGUGUUUGCUAGCGAUAUCAGUUCACCGGCGCCGACUUGACCUGCCGCCGCGGACGGCCGGAUUCUGCGACAGUCAAUUGUCAGUCCACCCCCUCGCUUUCUGUGCUCAUUUCUCACUUGUCAGACCAAGUAAUAUCCGUUUAAGUGGCUCAAUCAUCAUGUUGGCAUGCAACUGUAUUGAGCCACAAUGGCCGGCUGAUGAAUUGCUGAUGAAAUAUCAGUACAUUUCAGAUUUCUUUAUUGCGCUUGCUUAUUUCUCCAUCCCGCUAGAGUUGAUCUACUUUGUCAAGAAGUCUGCAGUGUUUCCAUACAGAUGGGUCCUCGUACAAUUUGGUGCUUUCAUUGUACUGUGUGGGGCGACUCAUCUUAUCAACUUAUGGACGUUCAGCAUGCAUUCAAGAACUGUGGCCAUAGUAAUGACCACGGCAAAGGUUUUAACUGCGGUGGUGUCAUGCGCAACUGCCCUUAUGCUUGUACAUAUUAUACCUGAUUUAUUGAGUGUUAAAACUAGAGAACUAUUCUUGAAGAACAAGGCUGCAGAGCUCGAUAGAGAAAUGGGCCUUAUCCGCACACAGGAGGAAACAGGUCGACAUGUCAGGAUGUUGACCCAUGAAAUCAGAAGCACUCUUGAUAGACAUACUAUACUUAAAACUACACUUGUCGAGUUAGGUAGAACUUUGGCAUUGGAAGAGUGUGCCUUGUGGAUGCCAACGCGUACUGGAUUAGAGCUUCAACUAUCCUAUACACUCCGUCAGCAGAAUCAAGUAGGAUAUACUGUACCCAUUCAUCUUCCUGUGAUCAAUCAAGUAUUUAGUAGCAACCGUGCAGUAAAAAUAUCACCAAAUUCUCCAGUGGCAAGACUGAGGCAACUUGCAGGAAGGCACAUUCCUGGGGAAGUUGUUGCAGUUCGUGUGCCCCUUUUACAUCUCUCUAACUUCCAAAUUAAUGACUGGCCUGAGCUCUCAACAAAACGCUAUGCUUUGAUGGUCUUGAUGCUUCCCUCAGAUAGUGCCAGGCAAUGGCACGUUCAUGAGUUAGAAUUGGUAGAAGUGGUUGCUGAUCAGGUUGCGGUUGCUCUGUCACAUGCUGCAAUAUUAGAAGAGUCAAUGAGGGCAAGGGAUCUCCUUAUGGAGCAGAAUAUUGCGCUCGAUUUAGCCAGGAGAGAAGCGGAGACUGCAAUUCGUGCUCGCAAUGAUUUCUUGGCUGUUAUGAACCAUGAGAUGAGAACUCCCAUGCAUGCAAUUAUUGCUCUUUCUUCUUUGCUACAGGAAACUGAGCUCACACCUGAGCAGCGUCUCAUGGUUGAAACGAUAUUAAGGAGCAGCAACCUAUUGGCUACCCUCGUAAAUGAUGUUUUGGAUCUUUCAAGGCUUGAAGAUGGCAGCCUUCAACUUGAAAUAGCAACUUUUAACCUCCAUUCCGUAUUUAGAGAGGUUCAUAAUAUGAUUAAGCCUGUUGCAUCUAUCAAAAGGUUGUCAGUUACAUUGAAUAUAGCUGCAGAUUUGCCAAUGUAUGCCAUAGGUGAUGAAAAGCGUCUUAUGCAAACUAUUCUAAAUGUUGUUGGGAAUGCUGUGAAGUUCUCAAAAGAAGGGAGCAUCUCAAUCACAGCUUUCGUUGCAAAAUCAGAAUCUUUACGAGAUUUCCGGGCUCCUGAUUUCUUUCCAGUGCAAAGUGAUAAUCACUUUUAUCUGCGCGUACAGGUCAAAGAUUCAGGAUCUGGAAUCAAUCCUCAGGAUAUCCCAAAGCUAUUUACCAAAUUUGCACAAACUCAGACUUUAGCCACCCGAAAUUCUGGUGGUAGUGGACUUGGCCUGGCAAUUUGUAAGAGAUUUGUAAAUCUUAUGGAAGGGCAUAUUUGGAUUGAAAGUGAAGGUCUUGGCAAGGGAUGCACAGCCACUUUCAUUGUGAAACUCAGAUUUCCAGAGCGUUCGAAUGAGUCUAAGCUGCCUUUUGGACCCAAGCUGCAAGCAAAUCAUGUUCAAACUAACUUUCCAGGGUUGAAAGUCCUUGUCAUGGAUGAUAAUGGGGUCAGCAGGUCAGUGACAAAGGGACUCCUUGCGCACCUAGGAUGUGAUGUAACAGCUGUAAGCUUAAUCGAUGAGUCAUUGCAUGUUAUUUCACAAGAGCACAAGGUGGUGUUCAUGGAUGUGAGCAUGCCAGGAAUCGAUGGUUAUGAACUUGCUGUCCGUAUACAUGAAAAGUUCACAAAACGUCAUGAGCGGCCGGCAUUAGUGGCACUUACCGGAAGCAUAGACAAGAUUACAAAGGAGAACUGCAUGAGGGUUGGUGUGGAUGGUGUUAUACUAAAACCGGUUUCAGUUGAUAAAAUGAGGAGUGUUUUAUCAGAAUUAUUAGAGCAUCGAGUCCUAUUCGAGGCCAUGUAAAAGACACAGCAACAUUACUCCAGCAGAGGAAAGAUUUCAAGGGAAAAGGAUAUUGAAAGCUUCCUCUAGCGAUUGUGGUAUCGCAUACACAGAAUGAGAAGUUGCAUACAAUAAAGCUAGAGCAAUUUGGGAUGAUGGCACUGGCCUGUGAAGAGCAGUCUCGGUGUACCCUCGUUGUGCAAUCGUCACACGAGAAGCUAAGUUAACAAUAACUGAUUUGUGUAAAUUGGCAACGCUAACUUUUCUCUAUCUAUCGCUCUACAUAGUUUGCAAGUUAUGUGUAGUUUCUCUGUUGCUAAAUUUGGUUGGUAUUAUAUUCGACCUCUGGCAUUACCCCA